GGCUUCCAUCGGUUAUUUAUCAGAGAACAUCAUUCAGCUCUAUGUAUCGAUAGUGGUAUAUUGCAAAUGCACUUCUAGGUCAAAAUACACCCUUCACACUUGACGUGUUUCCAUGCCCACCAGCGACGCUAAACAGUUGAAUUAUAAGCACAAUGGCUAUGCAGAACCUGCACCUCGCUGGAGAGGAUGAGGAUGAGAUGUACUCUGGCUACAAUGAAUAUAAUCCAUUCUUUGACACAGAGAAUCUAGAGCAAGAUGAGACAUUUCAGAAGACUGUACAAAAAACAAGUCAUGGACGAAGACCACCUAUGACAGCUAUUAGGCAGGGUCAGAUGGGUGCACAGAGAGGCAUCAUGGGAACAGCGGCAGGGAAUCGUCUCAAGACUGGUCUCACAUCAUCAAUGGGAGCUAGGCCCAUAACAGGGAUGGCACCGCAGGAUGGCAAUGUUGCUAGACCAAUGACUGCCGUCAAAGCAGCAGGUUACUCAUCAACAGGCAGAGGUCAAACAUUUGACCCCCUGGGCCAAUCAUCAAAGGGCCCAGCCCCACCUCUGGAGACCAAGAAUGAAGACUCGGCUGAAGAGAAAGUGAAGCAGCUUGAGAAACAAGUGAAUGAUCUCAUAGAAGAAAGCUGUUUCGCUCACAGUAGAGGAGAAUUCACCCUGGCACUUGAUAAAGCAAAGGAGGCUGGUCGACAGGAAAGGCGGCUUGGUUCAGUCAGAGACCAACUCAGUAACAAUGAGCAGGUCAACUUAGACUUGACGUACUCGGUCUUGUUUAAUUUAGCCAAUCAAUAUGAAGCUAAUGAGAUGUUUACCGAAGCCCUCACCACCUACCAAGUCAUCGUCAAGAACAAGAUGUUCUCCAAUGCCGGUCGUCUGAAGGUGAACAUGGGCAACAUCUACUACAGGCAACGCAACUAUCCCAAGGCCAUCAAGUACUACCGUAUGGCCCUAGAUCAGGUGCCCAAUACACACAAGAGAUUGAAGAUGAAGAUAAUGCAGAACAUUGCCAAUGUCUUUGUCAAGAUGGGUCAGUACACCGACGCUGUCACCUCCCUGGAGCACAUCAUGGCUGAGAAGUCUGACCAUGCGACAGCCUUCAACCUCAUCCUGUGUUACUAUGCAACGGGAGACAGGGAGAAGAUGAAGAAGACAUUCCAGAGGCUCCUGGGAGUAGAGCUGAACCUGGAUGAUGAGGACAAGUACUUGCCCCAUCCGGAUGACAAGCAUGCUAACAUGAUCCUGGAAGCAAUCAGGAAUGAUGGUCUCAGACAGGCUGAAAGGAAAAGGAAAGCAAGUAUGGAGAAGUGUGUGAUGGCCGCAGCCAAGCUGAUAGCGCCCUCUAUAGAGCAGAGCUUCUCUGCUGGCUAUGACUGGUGUGUAGACUGUGUCAAGCAGUCCAACUACAUUGACCUUGCCAAUGACCUCGAGAUCAACAAGGCUCUCAUGUACCUCAAGCAGAAGGAAUUCAAUCAGGCUGUGGAGGUUCUCAAGACCUUUGAGAAGAAGGAAUCCAAGUGUGCUACCGUGGCCGCUGUCAACCUAUCCUUCAUCUACUUCCUACAAGGAGAUGUAGCCAUGGCCGAGAAGUAUGCUGAGGUUGCCAUGGCAGCAGAUAGAUACAAUCCUCCAGCCUUGGUUAACAAAGGCAACUGUGUGUACGUACAGGGCGAUCUUGAGAAGGCCAAGGAAUGCUACCAGGAAGCACUCAGAACAGAAGCAUCAUGCACAGAAGCGCUCUAUAAUCUAGGUCUUGUUAACAAGAAGCUUGGUCAUCUGGAACCAGCGCUGGAUUGCUUCCUCAAACUCCAUGCCAUACUCAGAAACAAUGCUGAAGUUAUAUUCCAGAUAGCAUCAAUCAACGAGAUGCUAGAAGACAUUCCUCAGGCCAGUGAGUGGUUCAUGCAGCUCAUUGGCAUCGUGCCAACUGAUCCUGGUAUCUUGUCCAGGAUGGGAGAGCUCUACGACAAUGAGGGCGACAAAUCACAGGCAUAUCAGUACCACUUUGAAUCGUUCCGUUACUACCCAUCCAACAUUGAGAUCAUAGAGUGGUUGGGGGCAUACUUCAUUGACUCUCAGUUUGUAGAGAAAGCCAUUCAUUACUUUGAGAGGGCAGCAGUCAUCCAACCCAACCAAGUCAAAUGGCAGCUCAUGAUAGCUAGCUGUCAUAGGAGAAGCGGAAACUACCAGCAAGCCUUGGAAACAUACAAGAAGAUUCACAAGAAGUUCCCAGACAAUGUAGAAUGUUUGAAGUUCUUAGUACGUCUUUGCUCUGAUCUUGGGCUAAAGGACGCGCAAACGUAUGCAACCAAGCUGAAGAAGGCAGAGAAAGCUAAAGAACUCAAAGAACAGAGAGCCACCAGUGGUAACAGACGUGGUAGCGGUCGGGGCGUUCGGCAAGGAAGUGCAGGUUCAGAGCGAACUGGUAGUGGCACGAGGAGGGGUCUGGAAGACGACCGCCUCGAUAGCCCAUCUGAUUCAGGAAGGGGUGGCAGUGGAACAAGCAGUCGACAGAACAGCGGGCGGUCAAGCGCUCGUCGGAGCAGCGGUAGGAUGAGGGCAGCAUUACCUGAAUCGAGCGGCGUGUAUCAAGUAGAGGAAAAGAACGUUGAUGCAUCAUACAUUGAUCCCUUGGGCCCAUCUGCAGAGAGACCCAAGACCGCAGCACGGAAGAGAGAUGCUGAAGAUGAGUUUGGAGACGAGGAACUAGGAGAUGACCUCCUCCCAGAAUAGAUGUAGUCUUUUAUUAAAAGCUAGCUGGGAUGAAAGGAUGCCAGGAGCCCGUUUCACAAAGCCUUUUUUCAAUGACAAAUCUGCUGAUAACCAUCAGAAGCAAGGAUUUCAGUAGCUUAUAACAGAAAAUUUCAUUUGUCACAAAUGACAAGUUUUGUGAAAUGCCUCCCUGGAGUAAUGAUACAUCAUUACAAAAGAUAGACAGUUAUCCCCCCCCCCCCCCCCCCUCCCCUCCUGUUAGUAGCUGUUCAUAUAACACCUUUCCACUGCAUAUAAAGUGUCUGAAAUGUUUUUCAUUGGUGAGGUCUGGCAUUAACACAUUGACUACUGAAUUAUCUUGCUCCCAUAGGCUUAAUACAGCGACCGCCCAGUUACAGUUAACUUUUUGGAAUAUGUUCAAGUUUGAUUCAAAGGUGUGAUAGUGUGAGUUCAGUUAUUGCAUAGUGUCACAAUAGUUACUGUUUCAUUUGUCAUUUCAUUUAUUAUCAACAUCUGUAUGUUUCCAGACUCAGAGUUAUCCACUGGGAGUGAUAAUUUCAUAUGAUGGGGAAGUCUGCUUAUGAGCAGAAGAGACAGACAAACCAAACAUGAAUUUGUAACUUACAACACUAUAUAAAGUUUCAUGGGAUUUCCUGGAAAUGGACAAUCUCAAACUGAUGUGAAGAAGAGCUUAGAAAGCAUGAAAUAGACUAGGGCAUGGUAAUACUAUCUGAUUUUGAAGAGGAUUGGGGAGUAAUCAAACUCUAAAACAAAUAAUGUCAGGAUAUUUAAACAUGAAAUGGAAUUCUACCGGAAAUAUGAUCAAUUAUCUAGAAGGAAAAAAAGUGAUAUCGUGGAAAUCGAAUGAGGGGUUGUAAUAAAAUUACCACCUAGGAAGAUUUUUUUUUCCAUCUAGAUAAAUAUGGCCAUGCAUUUGAUUUUGUCAGAUUGGAAAUAUGUCAAGAGUUAAGAAGAAUUUAUAACAAUAUAUUUAUUCAAUACAAUAUUGGUUUGGUAAAUAAUUUCUAUAUAUUUCAGACCACUUUAUAACUUCAUAUACAUUUGCUAUUUACAUGUCAAUAGUUACAUUUUGUGGAGGCAAGUACUGUACGAUAUGAGGUGAUACCUCUAUGAUUGGACUCGAAAAGUGUAUUUGUCAGCACUGAAAGGACAGUAUCACUAUGUCACCUUGAAAUUAAGAUACAUGUUCUUCUAGUCGUAUACAGUUCACCGUUUUAUUUAUUAUAGAUCAGUUUAAAUUACAAUUAUUUUUCUCAUUACAACGUUUCUGUAUUGAAAAUGAGGUACAAUUUAACUAUAAAUGAGUGCACAAUGUUAACAAUAUAUAAUUAUUUCAAUAUAUGAUAAUACUGCUGCCAAUUUUAACACUCAUGAGUAUCAAUUGUUUCAAAAUUUUCUCCACAUUUGUAUGUACAACCUGUAUUUGAACACAUCAUAUGUGAUAAGACAGUGGGAUUAUUUUAAGUUUGAAUGAAUUGACCCACUGUAUGAAUUAGAUGAUUAAUGGCUUAAAACUUGGGUACAAAAUACAAAUCUUUUUCCACAUUGAAAGUUUUUGAAGAAAAAGUAAUAAUUUGAUACACUUUCCCAAAGUCUCUGCAUAAAGAGUUACUGACAUAUGUCCAGUUAUUUAUGAGAAGAAUUAUUCGUAAAUGAUGUGUGGAAUCUUUUUGUUGUUGUUAUAUUACUAGCAUCUACUAGCAUGCCUAGCAGCUCUGUAUUCAUUUCCUACUGAAGUCAGUCUAUCUUAAAGUGUCAUGAAAUAUAUAAUUUCAUUUGUGAUGUGCGUGUGUGACGUUGUAUAGUUAGAAAAUAAGUUCUAUCUUAUAGAUCCUGUUUUGUGAUUUAAAGUUGUAUAAAAGAGAUAUUAAAAAGGAAAAUGUUACUAUUGCAUAU